GCUCGCCUUGUACCCUUCUCCCUUGCCUUCUGCUUUCAUUUCGCCAUGUCUCGCAUCUUAUUUCGUAAUAUUGCCCUCGUCUUCGCACUCGGCAAUGGCGCUUUGGCCUCAAUCGGGCCCGUUACCGACUUAAUCAUCGCAAACAAGGACAUUUCGCCCGAUGGCUCUACUCGUCCCGCUGUCCUUGCCGGUGGCAGUUUCCCUGGUCCUCUCAUCAAGGGAAACAAGGGAGACAACUUCCGUAUCAACGUUAUUGACAAGCUUGAAAACGAGACCAUGCUGACUGCGACCAGUAUCCAUUGGCACGGUCUAUUCCAGCACACGACCAAUUGGGCAGACGGUCCCGCAUUCGUGACGCAGUGUCCCAUCACGAAGGACCAUUCAUUCCUAUAUAAUUUCAACGUCCCUGACCAAGCCGGGACGUUCUGGUAUCACAGCCACCUCAUGACACAGUACUGCGAUGGCCUCCGCGGGCCAUUGGUGGUGUACGAUCCUCAUGAUCCCCACAAGCACCUCUACGACGUCGACAAUGAUGAUACCGUCAUCACCCUGGCCGACUGGUACCAUCAAGCUGCCGUUACCGUGCAAACAGGCGUCCCACUUCCGGACUCUACACUCUUCAAUGGGCUUGGCCGCUACAUCGAGAACCCGACCUCCGAGCUUGCUGUGAUCAACGUGGAGCAUGGAAAGCGAUACCGUUUCCGGCUUGUAAACAUCGCAUGUGAUCCCAACUACAACUUCACUAUCGACAACCACUCUUUCACCGUCAUCGAAGCGGACGGGGAGAACACACAACCCCAGGAGGCUGAUUCCUUGGUCAUCUUCUCCGCCCAACGUUAUUCCAUCGUCGUUGAUGCUAACCAAGCAAUCGAUAACUAUUGGAUUCGUGCGAUACCGGACGUAUACCAUACAGGCGGGAACACCACGGUCAAUGGAAUCAACUCUGCCAUCCUGCGGUACAAGGGCGCGCCCAAGCGGGAGCCCAAUACUACUCAGACGCCCAGUCUGCGUCCUCUGGCGGAAACGGAUCUUCAUCCUUUGUCCAACCCUGCUGCUCCUGGGAAGAACCACACCGGUGGUGUCGAUUAUGCGCUUAACCUGCACCUGAACUUCACAGGGACCAACUUCACCAUCAACUCCGUGCCGUUUGUCCCCCCUGAGCUACCGGUUCUCCUGCAGAUCUUGGACGGUAACAAAUCGGCACAAUCCCUUCUCCCCAAGGGCAGUGUGUACAAUCUGCCGCCGCGCUCUUCUAUCGAGCUCUCCUUUACCAUCGACGAGCAUCUCGUUGGUGACCCGCAUCCUUUCCACCUUCACGGUCACUCCUUCUCCGUCGUUCGCAGUGCUGGUAAUGACACUUACAACUACGCGAACCCCGUCCGCCGCGACGUCGUGAGCACUGGCGGCCCGGGCGACAAUGUCACUAUCCGUUUCAGGACCGACAACCCGGGCCCUUGGUUCCUCCACUGCCACAUUGACUGGCAUCUGCAGGCCGGCUUUGCCAUUGUGUUUGCCGAAGACUCAGAUGAUGUUCCUGCAGUCGACCCGGUUCCUGAGGCCUGGCGGGAGCUCUGCCCGACUUUCUACGCUGGAAACGAAACCCACUUUUAAACCCGUAUCAUUUCUUCAACUUAUUGCGUCCUGUCCUGUUUGCUGCCAUCGCCUCUCUCUAUUUGAUGACCUGCUCUCCGAGUCUGUUUAGUUGUACUCGUGAACUCCCACUCCUUUUGC